AUCAAUCGAGUCUUAUGAUGUGACAUUUUAUCCUCAUAUCGUAAUUACUCGACUCUACUUUCAAGGAUGCCGUCGCACUCGCUCUUGUAACUGUGCAAAUCGCUUUCUUCACACGAAGAAAGUGUUGUUACGUCAACAUGUGCGCCUCGAGCGAAAAGACAGCUACGUUGAGGAGGUAUACGCGGACGACAAAAAUAUACCGACUUAAUCGCCUCGUAGCAUUAGCGACUAGAAUUAUCUCGGCACGUCGCCCCUUGGGAAGGUUACUACCUGCAGCAUCGACACGAAUCGCAAUUAUUACCGACCGCCAGAGAUAGGGAAUCUCAUGAUUGUGGGCGACUCGGGCGAGAGAGAUUCAUUCUGCGCGUGGCCAUCUCGCCACUCGGUCGCUCUCUCACGUGUGUGUCCGUGUGACAUUAAGAAUUUAGAAAAAGAAAGAAAUUCAUAUUCACGAAUUGACCUUUCAAGAUUUUCUUAUCGUGUGUUCAAUAUUUCAAUAUCAGUGCGCGAGAUGUCCGGUGAUCCUAUUUGUUUCACGCUAGUGCAAUGACUCGAGAAAUGACGCUCGUGAGAGUCAUUUGUUUAGACAUCGGGAAAUUAAGUCGAAAAGACAGAUCACCAUCCGGCGUACGUCACAGCGGCUUCGAUGGAUAAAGUUUCGAACAACGUUCAAGGUUGUGAAUAUCGUAUGACAGAGUCGGAUAAAUCUUUUUAUGCAAAUGCUUCUCUGUCCUUGACGCUAGCUCCGCUGCAUUCAACUAUGCGUGAUGUCAUAUGUUUUAUUUUAAUUAACAGCGUUAUAUGAGCGUCGCGAAAAUUUUCUUCUUUGCUCGAGAUACGGUAUAAUGAUAGACGGUGAUAGAGCGAGAAUCGUAAAAUCUGUGCCUCUACGAUUGAUACCUUCGAGAAAAGGAAAGCUUGUCCUCGAGCGUACUUUCGAUGGCUUCUCGAUGAGCGAAGGACGCCUCUGUGCCAUCAUCUCGAAGAACGAGAUCAAGAUACUUAGAAUUUAGGCAUUCACUCCGAAAUGAUUAAGAACGAGUUUAGAAAUCCAAUCGCACAAUCGCGCUCGUGAAAGUCGCGUACUUUGUAACCGUGAAAUUACAGUAUGUUCCAAGAGAGUCAUCUGCUUAGCAAUUUUCAACAGGUCGAAUAAACGAAAGAAAGUUUUAAAUAAGAGAAAUGUAUUAAGCGAUUAUCCUGAUCCCUUAAUUAAGCAUAGCGGAACAAAUUAUAUCGAAAACGUAGUGACUCGUCUUUUUUUAUACACAUUGCAUUCUUUUAAAUGUGUUGCAUCGUAAAUUUUGAUGAGUAGCAAGACGAAUUUAUCCCGCUAUUUAAAAGCGCGAAAUUGGAUUGGUAUUAAUUUUAGCAUCCGUGAUUUCUUCUUGUGUGAUGGCGCGCGCGAAUCUCAAAAUAAACGAUUUUGGCAACACUCACGUCGAAAGCAUGCACAGUCCAACGCGAUUGUAGCACGAUACUCACAUGUGUCUUACAUUUUAAUAACGCUCGAAGAUAUCAGAAUUUAGCUACUCAUGAUGAUUCUUGACAUUUUAUCAAAUUCUCUUUUGCAUUUUUUAUCGGUAGCGAUAAAACAAUGAAAUCAAUAAGUCCCUGACAAUUUCAUCAUAAAUGUUUUAAAAUAUUACGUGCACACUGUUGCUUUUUGCUCUUGUAAAGAAGUUUUUUAUCAUCUAAUGAUAAGAUGACGGAUCAGAUUUCGCUCUUGCAUGACAGUGACGUCACAGCACAAUAUGACUUCGUUUGCGAUGUCGUCGAGCUGCAAGAUGAUGGAUCGAACGAUUCGUCGAUGGAGAGUAAUCCACGAAAUCGCGUACUCAGAAGAACGAGAAGCCUAAACGCACCCAGUCCUGUUCAAACAUUCGGGCCAUGUGGGCGUAUCAUGAAGAAUUCCGCAAUGGUUAUGACCAUUCAGGAUCCAGCCUCCCAGAGGUUGACAUGGUACAAACCACCGCUCACCGUUUUGGUCAUCAAGAAAGUUCGCGACUCGUCAGUCCUGCCACCGUUUGUUCAAAUGGUCACAUGGCUAAUACAGGAAAAGCGGAUGGUGGUCUUUGUGGAAGCAUCUGUUUUGGAAGAUCCAGCCUUGGCCAGAGAUCCCAGAUUUCAAGGUGUUCGCGACAAAUUACAGACUUUUAGAGACGGCACGGAUGAAUUGCAGGAUCGAAUUGACUUUAUUGUCUGCUUGGGAGGCGACGGCACACUCCUUUAUGCCAGUCUGUUGUUCCAACAAUCAGUGCCACCUGUAAUGGCAUUUCACCUUGGUUCCUUAGGAUUUCUCACCCCUUUCGAGUUCGACAAUUUUCAGGAGCAAGUGACCAACGUUCUCGAAGGUCAUGCAGCUUUAACCUUGAGGAGUCGUCUAAGAUGCAUCAUCAUGCGCAAGAACGAAGAGGGUCAACCGACUGAACCACCCACUAAUCUCCUGGUAUUGAAUGAAGUUGUGGUAGAUAGAGGACCCUCGCCUUACCUAUCGAACAUUGAUCUAUUCAUCGACGGCAAACACGUGACGAGCGUCCAGGGUGACGGCUUGAUCGUGAGCACGCCAACCGGAUCAACUGCCUACGCGGUCGCCGCUGGAGCCAGCAUGAUUCAUCCUUCAGUUCCUGCCAUCAUGAUUACUCCGAUCUGCCCUCACUCUUUGUCCUUCAGGCCGAUCGUCGUACCUGCCGGCGUCGAGCUCAAGAUAAAGGCGAACAGCAAUGCCCGCAGUACAGCCUAUGUCUCCUUCGACGGUCGCAACCAACAAGAGCUGCGUGUCGGUGACAGCUUGAGGGUAACUACUUCCAUAUAUCCAGUGCCUAGUAUUUGCGCGGCCGACCAAAUUACCGACUGGUUCGAUUCUCUAGCCGAAUGUUUACACUGGAACGUCAGGAAGCGACAGAAGCAUUUGGACGAAUUAAGUGAUCUCGCGCAUUCAUCCAGCAACGACACUUUAGAUUCCUUCGAUCGAGACAGCUAAGUCAACGAAGAUGCUUGUUAUAAACUGUAACAUAAUCGACAAUAUAUUUGGUCGAGCCCGUAAUAUAUUUAAGUUAAGAAAUUUUGGGGGUCGACAAAUUAACGUCAUUUUCGUUGAAGUUUUAUAAUGAAAUUUCGUCAAAUAUAACGAAAAAAAAACCGGUAAAACUGACUGAUCAUCGAUAAAGUUGUGCUCUGUAGGAUAAUGCUUUGAGAGAAAACGUUUGUGUGCGCGUGAAUAAGCAUUGUAAAGUCUUCACAAAUUGAAAGAAUGAUAAAUAUUAUUUAAUCCAAAUUACAGAAGCGAUGCUUAGGUCACGAUUAUAAAAAAAUUAAUUCCUAAUAAUAAAAUGCAUUUGUCUUCGCAAAGAUUUAUAUUAACAGCGAAAUAUCGUAUAAUUUGAUAAAUUAUUGUCUUGGAAAAGUACCAGAUUGAUAUUUCGGACGUUUAGACGUUUGCAAUAUCUUUUUUUUCAAUAAUGUUGUCUUGAAAUGAAUCAGCGAUUUAUUCGAUUUUAUAAAGGUUUUUAUACUUUAUCGAUAUAUACUUCUAUUUUACAUUCUUUAUUGAUAUAUUAUUUGUACAGAUAUUUUUUUUAUUUUCUAGUGUUCUUAGAUUAACAUGAUUGAAAUAUAUAUAUAAGAGAUCAUCAUAUCCUCGGUUUUUUACUGAUUAUAACGACACUCUGAUGUAAAUCGAUUUAUUGUAAGUGUUGAAUCACAUAAUUUCCUAUAUCUCUAGAUCUUUUUAAUAAAAUAUGUUUUGUAC